AUGCUGCCACUUUCUAUGUGGUGGUCUCUUGCUGCUGUAGUCCUUUCUCAAGGAGUUGCUGCUGUAACACCAUCUGCUCUCACAACAAUAGCAAGCUUCUCCAACAACACCUUCAUCGAGAACAUUGCUGUUCGGGCAGAUGGCCAUAUUCUCCUCAGCACGCUCGGUGAAAUCUCACCAGCGGCUGUCUUCACAGUUGACCCUAGACAUCCGAGCAGGAUUCCAGCUUAUUACACAAGCUUUCCGGCCCCUGUUACUGGACUGACAGGCAUCACCGAAUAUGCCAAGGGAAGGUUCGCUGUUAUCGCAGGGACGUGGAACGUGACCACUCGUCGCGGCAAGGGGUUCGAGAUUUGGGCCAUGGAUACAACCGUGGAGCCGCCAAGGACUCAGAAGCUCGCCAACAUUAGGGAUCCUAGCAUCACGGCUUUAAACGGGACAAUUGUCCUACCAAGAUGCCCCAAUACUAUCCUUAUUGCCGAGUCUAACAUUGGAGGAGUCUACAGUUUCAACAUCAAGACUCGCAAAAUACGCAAAGUUAUCCAGGAUCCAUCCAUGUCUCCUUCAGGCCUUGCUUCAAACAUGGGUAUCAAUGGAUUGAGGAUAUUUGAGGGCCAUCUUUAUUAUACAAACUCAGCCCAAGGAACCUUGAACCGAAUGGCGAUCGACGACAUGGGUUAUAAACUUGGUGACCCUAUGGUACUGUGGCGCCACCCGCCCACUGAUGGUUCUACUCAAGAUGACUUCAUCAUGGAUCUUCUGGGGCUAAAAAGUAGAGACUGA